AUGGAGAAUGCGCAGCAUGCGAAGACUGAAACGAUAGCAACUCUAACGACAAUGAUUUCAGAGCCGUCAGAUUUAGAGACGAUAGCUUCACCUCUGGUGGAUACUUCAGAAUAUAAGCCGAUGACAGAGCCAUCCUCAAUGACGACAAUUCCAGGUCCAGGGACAACUAUCGAAUAUGAGCUGUCUACGGAAGAGGUUCAGAUGACAACACUUGACUACGGGAACGAAUCAGAAAUAGAGCUGUGGUUUUUCGAAGAAUCCCAAGCGUCUUGUGCUCAGUUCGAAUACUUGGGUGCUGGCGGGAAUGCGAAUCGAUUCGUUGAUGAAGCUACUUGUAUGCGUGUUUGUGGAACCGAAUUUGUUAGUGCUGUUCAUGGUGAAGCUGACCAUAGAGCAGGAGAGGCCAAUUAUGCAUUAUGUGAAUUGCCUUUAGAAAUCGGAAAUGGCGCGUUCAAAAUACCACGAUUUUAUUUUAACAAGGGUGAGGAGAAAUGCGAACCGUUCGACUAUACCGGUGAUGGUGGGAAUGGGAAUCGUUUUCUAACGGAAGAGGAUUGCAAGCAGCUCUGCCUUGCAAAUCAGUACAACCAAGAACUUGCUUCUCCACAGGGAGAUGAUAGUUCAGGAGAUAAAGCAAGUGCCCUGGACUGGACCAUCUUCAUUGUGCUAUGUAUUGUGGUGUUCCUUCUUAUAAUUAUUUUGAUUACCGUAUUGAUCUGCUGUAUUAUGUUGGCUACGAAGAAAGGAAGAGCCGCAGCUGGACUAAGCGCUGCAAGCGGAAAACCGAAAACCAACAAAAAUGCCAAGAACCCGAAGAAACCUACAAAAGGCGCUAAAGCAAAAACAAAAUGA